GGAGCACUGACUGACAUGUUCAUUAAGGGCCGGACUCCAAGGGCACCUCCCCGAGAUCGACUGAAUACAAACCGCGGCGGGCGGAGGACGGCAGCCGUGGCCCCGCCCCCAACGUUGGGCUCCACCUCCCGGCCCCACUUCCGCCGGGCGAGCGUCUGUAGGCGACGCUGCCGUAAAUCGGACCGGAGGUUUGCCGCAUCACGGAAGAUGGCGGCCACGGCGGUGAACGGGGCGCCGGGCCCCUCGGGCUCGGGCUCUGCGGCGGCCUCGGGUGCAGUUCUUCAGGUCGCGGCCGGCAUGUACGAGCAACUUAAGGGCGAGUGGAACCGUAAAAGCCCCAAUCUUAGCAAGUGUGGUGAAGAGCUGGGCCGUCUCAAGCUGGUUCUGCUGGAGCUCAACUUCUUGCCAACUACAGGGACCAAACUGACCAAACAGCAGCUCAUUCUGGCCCGUGACAUUCUGGAGAUCGGGGCCCAGUGGAGUAUCCUGCGCAAGGACAUCCCCUCCUUCGAGCGCUACAUGGCCCAGCUCAAAUGCUACUACUUCGAUUACAAGGAGCAGCUCCCCGAGUCAGCCUAUAUGCAUCAGCUCUUGGGCCUCAACCUCCUCUUCCUGCUGUCCCAGAACCGGGUGGCUGAGUUCCACACAGAGUUGGAGCGGCUGCCUGCCAAGGACAUCCAGACCAAUGUAUACAUCAAGCAUCCUGUGUCCCUUGAGCAGUACCUGAUGGAGGGCAGCUAUAACAAGGUGUUCCUGGCCAAAGGCAACAUCCCUGCUGAGAGCUAUACCUUCUUCAUUGACAUCCUGCUUGACACUAUCAGGGACGAGAUUGCUGGGUGCAUUGAGAAGGCUUAUGAGAAGAUACUUUUCACUGAGGCCACCCGGAUCCUCUUCUUCAACACACCCAAAAAGAUGACAGACUACGCCAAGAAGCGAGGGUGGGUUCUGGGCCUCAACAACUACUACAGCUUUGCCAGCCAGCAGCAGAAGCCAGAAGAUACCACCAUCCCCUCCACGGAACUGGCCAAACAGGUCAUCGAAUAUGCCCGGCAGCUGGAGAUGAUCGUCUGAGCCCCCCCACCCCAGCGCCGGGGUGCGGCCAGGCCUGCAGCAUUUAAAGCAGUGGCAGGGCAGGGCUUCCUCCAAUAAAGGUGGAUUGACCUUCU